UUCAAUGGCCCCUUUGCUGUGUUUUCUCUGUUGGGGAUCGGGUAGUGACAGGGGUCAGUCUGUUCUGGAGUACAGUUGAUCAUGACCCUCAGGGCGAUCCGGUUGGUUUUCCCAUCGGUGGCUAGCGCUUUGAAAACCGCAAAUGCUGUUCAGAAGGCAUCCCUGCAUAUGACAGCGGCAAGGAAGCUGGAGUACGGCUGGUGGGCGUACGCACUGGGGGAGAGGACCACGCCGCGCUUGAAACCAUCCAGCAAAAUCAUUUCGGUGGAUGGCAAUUUGGCAUCAGGAAAAGGAGCGCUGGCACAGAAGCUGGCAGACAGGCUAGGGAUGCUCUACAUGCCUGAACCCGACACCUUCUACUUGGACAAGAUGUCUGGAGAUAAGCAGCCUCUCCCAGUCGACUUCAAUGGGAUGUGCAGCCUGGAGAAGUUCUACACUGACCCGAAAGCCGCUGACGGGAAUAGCUACAGGCUGCAGCUGUGGAUGUACGGCAUUCGUCUGAUGCAGUACUCAGACGCCAUCGAACAUCUGCUUACUACAGGCCAAGGUGUCAUCCUGGAGCGUUCACCAUUCAGCGAUAUGGUGUUCCUGGAUGCCAUGUUUAAACAGGGGUACAUCAGAAAAGAAUGUGUGGAGCACUAUAACGAGAUAAAACACAUCAGCAUCUGCGAGUUCCUGCCUCCACACCUCGUCAUCUAUGUGGACGUUCCCGCUGAGGAGGUGCAGAAGAACCUGACGCAAAGUGGCAAGGCUUACCUUCAAAAUGUGCCACUGGCAUAUCUGAAGAGCAUCGAAGACUGCUACAAGAAGACAUUUCUACCACAAAUCAGUGAGACGUCUGAGCUGCUGGCGUACAACGCUACCCAAGCACAAGAUAUUGAGAGGGUGGCAGAGGACAUUGACUAUUUGAAGUUUGAAAAAGGCCCAUGGCUGGAACAGGAUGAUGUCACCUACCAUUACAUGAGAAUGCUUGUUGAAGACAAACAUAAGGUGGCAUCAUUGACCCACAUACCCAGGUUCCUGCCCGAGAUCACCAUCGGAGGGCACGACUACCAUGAUAAAUACUACGCUUUUAAAGCGCUUCCUGGGAAGAAAUAUGCUCAAGGCUAUAAUGCCGACAUUGGAGACAAGUACAUUUGGCUCAAGUGAGGAUCUACACUUUCUGCCAAUCGGCUUCAGCGUGAAAUAUUAACAUAUUGUCUCCACUUGUACAUCCAAAAUAUGUAUGUAUUAAAAGAAUAAACUUUCUCAUGUACAUUCAUGAUGUUAUGUUGAAAGGUAGGCUUACAUCACCAGCUACUUCACUAGGCAUAGCUUUCCUAUCUAAUCAACUCCAAAUUAUAGAACAUAUAUCUGCCAUAACAAUUUGACAAUGUUUAAAAUUGUGGUUACACAUUUCAGGGAGAUAUUUCUGACACACUCAUGGCACUAAAUGAGGUUAUCAAAAUGACAACUACUGCUAUUGAUUAGUCCAGUACUUCUCAAAGAGUGAGGCGCGCCCCAAACAUGCUUUUUUUUUUUUGUGCCGUACUAGAAUAAAGUGUACUUGCACAUCCACUCAGUGGGUGGCAGUGAUGCUCUCAUUUUCAGAGUGCGCGCAGUAUUUUUCAACUAAGCAAGAGCACAGAAAAGAGAAAUGAAGAGCUGUGCGCCGUUUUCGAAAGCCGUUGUAGGUGCACUAUCCUAUUCCCCUCACUAUC